AUGGCUCGAACAGCAAGAGCGAGAGCGCCCCUCGCGGCCAAGCAGGGUCCUGCCCCUUCCAUCGCCGCCUUCACCCGCGUCUCCAAAAGCCACGUCUUUUCCGACGCGACUGCCAAAAAGGUCAUCGUCUCCUCGGCUGACCUGACAACUACUACGCCAUCAAAGAAGCGCAAGGCGUCGUCGCCUUCUGGCAGCGAUGCCUGUGCGCACUACAUGCGCCGCAACAUCUCCUUCAGCCCCAGCGAUGACGAGGAGGACGAGAACCAGACCACCAUCGAGCACCAACAUGACGACGUCGCCCAGCGCAAUACGAAGCGAGCCUGCAGGCGCCAAGAGCCCGCGUUCACGGCACAGUCAGAAAAGACACCAGUCAAGGCCGUCGUCGCUACACCUACCGCCAAGGGCAGGCCGGGCAAGCCGGUCGCCAAGACGCCCGUAUCGAGAAAGCAAGCCGCGCACCGUCCGAGCGCCUCCACCAUCAUCAGCAAGUCGCGGCAGGUAGCAAAAGCCGGCCAGGCCAGGAUUGACGCCUUUUGCACCAAGAAGCAGCAGCAAGCCAAGUCAGCAGCCGACAAAGAUAUUGAUGCCGCCUUUCCGCCGCACCUCGCCGAGCUGGUGCGUCUGCACCGGGCGUUCCUCAGUUCGGUCGUUAUGCAGAUGGCACACACUCGCAGCGCCGUGCCGCUCGACAUCCGUGAAUUGGCCCCCAACAUUGCGCGCUCGUGGCGCAAGCGUGCUGUCACCGUGGAGGACGUGCGUCGGUGCGUGGCCAUCGAGUCUUCCGUGCAAGAGGACGGCAUCAAGUCGCCUUUCAUCGUCGCCGACUACGGCAAGGGCAAGGUGUGCGUCGAGCUUCGUGCCGGGAAUGACGGCACCGCCAUCAACGAGGCGCAACUGUGCCGGCAGUUUGAAAAUAAUCUAAAGAUGCUCUGCACGGAAAGGGCUACUGAUCAGAUGGUGGAUGUCGAUGUGGCUCUCGAGGCUCUCUCGCUAGCAGAGCUUCCGCAAGCUGACCUGACGGAUAUGAACACGAGCGUCACGACGGCGGCUCUGCUGGCCAAGGGGCAUAAGGCCCUCUCGGACUUGAAGAGCGACAUGGCAGCAAAGCAGCAGGAGAGAGAGGCCAAGCAAAAAGCCGCAGCGGCACCGCUGCUCAAUGCGGAUGGGACUAAGAUGAGCCUCCUCGACCGCCUUCGACACAAGCAGCUGGCUGCCGCCAACGCGCCGCUUCCGCCAACGGGACCCGAGCUACAGCGCCGCGCAGCCCUGAACCGCGUCGUCGACGUGGCGUCAACAAUUUCCAUGCUCAGCCUUUCCAACCCCGCCUCCCUGCCCCGCCAGGCCUUUACCAUGGUCGCCAUUGUCGAGAAGCUACGGGAUUCGCUGCGCGUGCCCAUGUCCAAGGAAGAGGGUGUAGAUUGCAUCCGCCUGAUUGCCAAGGAGAUUGCGCCCGAGUGGCUACGGAUCGUGACUAUUGGAGGGAGGGAGAAUGUGGUGAUUCAGCGAGGCGGGGAGCCCAUCAGCCGGGCGAUUCAGGAACGAGUACAAAGGCUCUUGUGA